AGCGGCGGCUGGUUGCGCUGUUCAUAUGGCAACGGAGCGGGAGCUGUAAACACGCGGGCUGCGCGGAGGGACCGGGACAGGGCUCGGACGCCGCGGCUGCGGCGGGGAUCCUCUGACGGCGCCUCUGCGCUCCGUGGGACCCGCCGCGAGGGGGGCUCCCGUUUGCCUCGCCAGGCGCUGGGCACGAGGCGCGAUGGGCUGUUCCAGCAGCGCCCAGACUCAGACCCAGGACAGCAGCCGGCCGGCUGCAAAACCCAGCGACACCAACGGGCUGCAGAAAUGUGCUACUUCAGAUGAAAACUUUCCAACCACAGAGGAAAAUGAAACUAUUCCUGACCAGACAAAGUUAGACCCAAUGGAGGAGGUGGAUCUCACACCUGGGGAAACAAAACCUAGUGAGAAUCUUCCAGCAGAGGAGCCAGAAGUUUUGAUUCCAGCACCAGCAGAAUGUGUUAAUUCUAACUAUAAAAGAGUGGAUCUGGAGGGCACUCAACCGCCGCCUGCGGGACCGGCAGAGGGCCCUGGGAUACCGCCGCCUGCGGGACCGACAGAGGGCCCUGGGAUACCGCCGCCUGCCGGACCGACAGAGGGCCCUGGGAUACCGCCGCCUGCAGGACCGACAGAGGGCACUGGGAUACUGCCGCCUGCCAGACCGGCAGAGGGCACUGGGAUAUCGCCGCCUGCCGGACCGGCAGAGGGAAGUGUCAGCCCUGUAACAGAAAUCGUCAGGAAAGUACAAAGUAACGAAGACGACCAACUCAUUGAGGGUGAGACGGGAGAAAAAGUGGAAACUGAGAAGCACAGUGAGCUAGUAAGUGAGGGGACUGAAACAAAAGAAGAAGAAGAAACAGGAGAAGCUGUGGAUGCUACAGCAGCAACAGAGAUAGAGGCAAUGAAUAACGAGGAAUGAGAGUCAGGUCUAUAUGGACUUCCUCUUCUUGGUCCUAUCAGCUGUUCAAAUGAACAUUCUUUAAUCUAAUGGCUUUUGGGGGGAAAACUAUCAGGAUUUUAAAAAAGCUUUUAUGGACUUCGCUACAAGCAUUAACAAAGGGCACCAAAAAAAAAAAAAAAAAAAAUUAAGUAUUUUUCCUGAAGUCAAGUUGCCAAGACUUCAACAAGUAAUUGAAAUGUAUGAACUUUUUACUUAUCUGCCAUAGAGUGCCUUCUAUACACUGCUAAUAGAUUGGAAAGAAUUGUCAUAUAAAACAGUCUAUCUGCUCAAUCUUCAUUUAAGAGUUUUCCAGGUUAAAAUGAGUAACUUAAAAUCAAUCUGAGGGGCACUGUUAUAAUUGGUAUCAACUAGCAUUAUACAGGAUGCAAAAGAUACAGUACAGGCGAGUCUCAUCUUACGCUGGAGUUACGUUCCGCUGUCAGUGCGUAAAGCGAAAAUCACGUAUAGUCAAAAUUACAUGGAGUGUAAUGGCAGGCAGAAUCACCUGCACUACAGGUACAGUAUUCAAAUUGUUAUUUUUCUCUUUUUUUGUUUUUGUUUUUUGCCGACCGCGCAAAGCUGAAUUCGCGCAUGUUAAAUGCGCGUAAGAUGAGACUCGCCUGUACUGCAUGUUUUUUCAAUGUUAGUGCUAGAUUGAGAUCAGAAACAUAGGUCCAGUCCUGAUCCCAAACCUUACACAGGUGAGUAGUUUCAAUGAGUGCAUGGAUACUCAUAUUUAUCAAGAUGCUCUAGUGCGUAGAUAUGUACAGGAUUAGGACCUGAUAGCACCCAUUUAACAGGACCUGGCUAGAUGCAACAAUCAGUUUUUCAAGAAGAUAAAGAAUACAUAGCAUGUGACACCAUCUGAUAACAAAUGUCUUUUGGUGACUUUAAAAAAAAAGUUACCGAUAGGAUAGCAGUAGCACAUACACUUGGUAACUAUUGCAGUGGAAGAAUUAUUGCAGUGGAAGAAAGCAUUUAAAAUAUUUUAUAUUUUAUUAUAUAUUUUAUGCUCAUAGUAUCAGUCCUGGCACCCCUAAGGAAGUACAAAAAGAAACUUUGCAAUUUCUAAAACUCAGAUGGAUACAAAUUAUUAAUAAAAUUACAUAUAGACACUGUAUAGUUUCUAAAAUAAUGAUAAAAUAAAAUAAUUAUAAACAUUCUAGCCACAUUUUCCUGAUAGUGUUAUCUUUAAAAAAAAAAAUUAUACUGUGUGGAUUCUUACUUGGUUUACAACAUGCUAAAUACUGCUCCUGAAGCUGAAGUUGAACAAUGAAGCCUUUCAACAUAAACUUCCUGUGGAAACAAGCCUUGAAACAGCUGAUUUCAUGGAUGUGAUAGAGGAUAUAUCUGUCCUGAUACUGAACAGGAAGAAAGACACUACUGAUUAUCGCUGGGACUGUGUUGGCAAAACUCUUUGGCAUAAGAAAUCAGAGGACUGCAGUCGGGGAGGAAAGAUGAGGUUUUUCAGAAUGGGUGAGCACUUAUUGGCUCCAUUUAGGAGGUCUUCACAUAAGUGUUAAAGAUAAACACAAUUUAUAAACUACUUAGAGACAAAGUCUGCAUUGUGUGUGCACAUCUGACUCCAGCUGGCUUUGGUUUGUGUUAAAUAUUUAGAUUUAUUUCCAUUGCCUUUUAAUUUUUCACUUCAGCUAAUAUUGGUCAUGUUUGCUGUGUUAUUUCUUACAGUCUUCUAUUUCUUAAUGUCCUGUUCAGACUAUUGAAAUUAACUAUGUUUUGAUUAAGAUAGGAAACACCACCAAUUUUAGGUUGGAAAUACCCAUUUUCCUUAUCUGCAGCCUACAUGUUGUAUCAAGUCACAGUUGUUUUAUGGGGUUCUAUGUUCUUUGCAAUUCCAUAGAUGAAACAAAUGUAAUCAGUUAAAUUUUCUACUGAAUAUGCUGCUGUUUUAAAAAUACUGCAGCUUUUACAAAACUCAGCUAAAAUGCAUGUCUUUUUUUUUUUUUUUUUUAAUUUCUGUGGUUCGAUGUUGCUGGGGCCUUUUUACUAGUUCUCUAAUAUUGGACUAAAAUCAAAUCAAAGCAACUGCCCCUCGUUACUUUUUUCUGAUACACAAUUCCAAUAUUGGCACAGAAAUAUUAAACAUUUUUAAGGAUUUAAAUAUACUAAUAGUAAUUAAUAGUAGGCAUUCCAGUCAGCAAGACCAGAAAUAGUAGCAGCAGCAGCUUCGUUAGCUUUUUAAAUGUAACUUUAUAAAUAAUUAAGAUAACCUAUAGACUGCACAAUCUCAUUACCAUGGCACUAACUGCAUAUCAGUGGCCUCUUCAAAGAAACAAGUGAAAACAUCCAUAUACGUCACACCACACAACUUUUUUGAAAUCAUUUAACAAUUUUUAAUUGGAAGAAAAAGGACUGUGAGUCUGCCAAUGUCUCAGCAAUACUUGCCUUCCUCAAACACAGUCACUUCCUUGUGUACUUCAUGAUUACAGUUAGCAUAGAUGUUACUUCAUCCCAUCCAUUCUAAAAGCAGAAAAGCUUUUCUGAUUGUAUGUGGAAAACAAUAAACUGCCACAAAAACUAUUUUUACUGUCCAAAUUACUCUAUCGCUACCUCCAGAAAUAAGACAAGCACUAACAUUCUAGUGCUAGUAAUGCCAAUGUUCUGUAAGAUACCAAUGUAUACACUGUUACCUUACAAGCAUCUAUGCACAGCUAAGGCCCAGAGGGCCAAAUUAUGUCCUGACAUACACCUCUGCAAUCACAGUGAAAUCAAGGGGGUUGCUGAGGACAGAUAAUGGUUCUUGGAUCAAAUAGUAAUUACACCAUGUUAAAGGUUAAUGUUCGUAUUUGCUGGUGUGAUAUGUUUACAAGGCCUACCUACGGAAUUAUGCCUGUGCACCUUAAAGGAGAUUUUUUUUUUUUUGUCCAUUUCAGUCUGAAAAGCCAUUUUCAGAAACAUUUGUAGAAAGAGCUAGUGUCAGGUCCUUGGACUUGGCAUAAAAUUGACUCAUGCUGAUAGACAGAUCUAAUGAGUCCUAUUCGCUCCAACCAAGGGUUUGUGUAUCACUUCAUGCCAGAGGGAAUGAGGGUCAGGGACAGGUCAGCAAGGGUAACCUUAGGAAUAUCCACGUUCAUGAGCAAGAUCUGGUAGGAAGAUUGUUCAUUUAGCCUCUUCCUGGGUGUCCUUUAUUGUUAAGUUUGGACCUUAUCCACUAUGUGUGCGCAUGCAUAUACCAUCUUAGGAACACAAUGAGAAUGUCCCUUGCUUACAGAACUAUUUUGCAGUCUGCUUAGCCAGAUUCGGAUAUUUCAUAUAAUGUCUUUUCAAAUAAAUAUGGUAGUUGCUGUUGAUAUCAAGAAGGGUGAGGUGUUCUAAGCCCGGGGUUCUCAAACUUCAUUGCACCGCAAUCCCUUUCUGACAAAAAUUACUACACAACCCCUGGAGGGGGGACUGAAGCCUGAGCCCACCCGAGCCUGAGCUUCACUGCCCUGGGCAGGGGGUGC